GAAGAUGAGAAAGGGUUAAAUGGGCAGAGGUCUCUGGGUCCUAGAGCCGCCCAACUUAUUUUGGAAGCAGAUACUUCCUCUUCCUGCAGCCGAUCCGGGGAGCGCAAGAGCUUUUCUGGGUCUGCUGUUCGCCACAAGAACUUUGAAUGUGCAGGACUUAAAGGCUUGUAUUGGAGUCCUCUGGCCAGGGGUCUCCAGCAUUACCACACCCAGGUUUGGAAGGAGACUCGUGAAGCCAGGUCUGAAUAUACAUCUUAGACCCGGGAUAAAGAGAAUGAUGACUACAGUCCUGGGCCUGCAAAAUGAGGUUCGGCUUGAACGAGGCCUUCCGCCUGUGGUCAAAACUGAGGAGCAGGACCCAGAAGACUCUCUGCCAGAGGAGAGCCUGAAGCAUGUAGGAAAACACGCUUUUCUCAUCCAAGCUGGGACAUCUGGGGAACUUCUGAGGUGGGUGGCCUCUCAGCAGUCCAGGAAAGAAAACCAGGAGAUAUCGCAGUGCAGGGAAGUCCGGUGGCAGGAGACAGUGGCUCCAGAAAUUACAUCACCCUCCUCUCCUGCAUGGGGCAGCCUUCAAGUUCCUCAGCUGACUUUAGCUGAUGAUAUUGAGGACUAUCUGUGUACCUUUGAGCGAGUGGCAGAUGCCUGCCAGUGGCCGAGAAAACAAUGGGUGGGCCGGCUUGUACCUGCCCUCAGUGGGGCAGCCCAGAGGGCCUAUAGCACUCUUGACUCUAGGGACAGAGGAGACUACGGGAAGGUCAAGGCAGCCAUCUUGGGCCACUCUGACAUAGCCAGUGAGACCCUGCGGCAGUGCUUUAGACGUUUCUGCUUUCGGGAAGCUGAGGGGCCCCGCCAGGCAUGUGGAAGCUUGCGGGAACUUUGCUGUCGAUGGCUGAAGCCAGAGAUCCGCACCAAGGAGCACAUCUUGGAGCUGCUGAUCCUGGAGCAGUUCCUGAGUAUCCUGCCAGAAGAAAUGCAGACCUGGGUUUGGGAAUGUCAGCCAGAGACUUGUGCCCAGGCUGUGGCCCUGGCGGAGGAGUUUGUUCUGAGACAGCAAGAGUCCGAGCGAUCAGACUUACACGUCACCGUUCGCAUGAAGGUGGAGGAAGUGGCCUUAGAGGAGGAGGCGACAUCGCCUGCUGCAUUGUGGGAUGUUCCUGGCUCCCAGACCCAUCCUGGAUGUCUCUCGCAGGAGUCCGGGGACUGGAGACAUCCCCAAGAACCACAGCAUGAGCUGACUUGUGUUCCCAGGGAAGAUGCUCAGCCCCUGCAGGAGAUGGCAGGUGCCAGGGCUACCAGCCGAACUUCUGAUCGCCCUCUGGAGGAUUCCUCAGAGACACCCAGGAAUCCAUGGGGGAAUACAGGUGAGGCAACUUCCUCUGAGCGGGAGGAAGAUAGGCGACCAGGUGAGCGGGACGACUCCUCAGAAGAUGAGCUUGCUAUUCAAAGCAGGGGACCAAGAAAGGCUCUGACAUUCCUCCCAUCACAGACCAUGGAGGCCAAGGUGGCAUUGCAGGAACCAAAGGACACCGGAAGCCAGGCAAGAACAUUCUUCCGGGGGGAAAAGCCUCACCAGUGCCGAGAGUGUGGGGAGAGUUUCCGAGCAAAGCAAGAGCUCGCCUUGCACAAAGGGAUCCACCGGCGGGAGCGGCCCUUCCCUUGCGCCGUUUGCGGGAAGAGGUUCACCCGGCUGUACCACCUGACCACCCACUUGAGGAUCCACUCGGGCGAGAAGCCGUACCACUGUGCCGAGUGUGGGAAGUGCUACGCAGAUGCCUCCAACUUCUACAAGCACCAGAGGAGCCACUCAGCCCAGAAGCCCUACCAGUGUACGGAGUGCGGGAAAACAUUUGGGGACCCCUCCAGUUUUUAUAAACACCAGAAGAGGCACCAAGGCGACAGACCUUAUGUUUGUGAUGUGUGCGGGGACUGCUUCAGCAAGCAGAAGGAUCUACUAGCUCACCAGAGGAUUCACGAGGGGGGAAGGGGACUCUCUCUGUUUUGACAGGAGGGUUGGGUGGAAACGUGACUCGUAAACGGUCUCCUUGGAGGUGCCACAAGCCGUGCCUGAGAAGUAUCCUGUGGUGGAACGCAGUCUGGCCGACCAGAUCCUGAUUGUGGCAGUGUUGCAGCACUUGCCAGAGGAAAAACGGAGGGCUCCGUAGUGCCACUGUGGAUUCAGUGCAUCUGGGUGUUGAUGUCUUCCAAGCGCUGAUAAAAAUGUGCUUGGGAGGAGUGGGGGAGAGGAUAAGGAGUCUCAACCACUCUGGUGUAGUGGCUAGAGUGUUGGACUGGGAAUCGGGAGAUUCGGGUUCUAGUCCCCACUCGGGCAUGGAAACCCACUGGGUGAGUUUGGGCCAGUCAUAGACUCUCAGCCCAACCUACCUCACAGGGUUGUUGUUGCGAGGAUAAAAAUGGAGAGGAGGAGGGUUAUGUACACCAUCUUGGGUUCCUUAGAGGAAAAAAGGCGGGAUAUAAAUGCAAUAAUAAAUAAAACCACUCGACACACUACAACGACUCUCCAGAAAGAAGCAGAGAUGCACAUGUACAAAUGUACACUGAGCAUAUGAUCCCCUUUGCCUACCUCUCACUUAUUCAGUGCUGGCGCACUGAAAUUGAUGUCAGAUAGCCAUUCCAGGAUUUAUGCCUAUGGCUUCUUUGCCAUUGCCUCUCUGGAGUUACUCCCAAUCACCCACUCGUGCAUUUUAAUGACACGAAAAGCAAAUAUUCUGGGGCAAUGAACAAAGACUAGGAGGUGAAACUAUUAAUGCUGCUGCCCUCGGGUUGUGAUAUUCUGCCUUUGUGAGGAGCAUAAGAAGAUGUGGGUGAUAAAAGAUAAAAACCAGUUUUUCCCUCAGGUCAUUUUUUAAAAAAAAUAAAAAUAAAACAUGUAAGUGAUA